UUGAUGCUUACUUGGUGGAUUUAGUUAAGGACAUUUUAAUUUGAGUUUUUACCUGUAAUACUUUUACUUGUCAUUCAACUCAACCUGCCCCUUUUUGCUACCUAAACGGCUCCGAAUUUCCACGCAUUAUUUGAGGCCCGAUCGACGCAGAACCUGUCUGGUCCGGCUCUAAAGAAGCGGUCGGUCCCAUUACCGUGGUUUUUGUGUAACUGGGUGAUCACUGAGCAGUACUGGCUGCAGUGAACACUCGGUACGUCACAGUGGUGCCCGGACGCGCGUGGGCGCCGGGCCCCCUCUGCAGCAUGGUGUCCGGCGCGUGGACCGGAGGAGUGGUAUGUGCCGUGAUAUCCAGCGUGUUCCUUCUGUCGGUAUCAAAUGCCGCCGCCGCCAUCAUCGCAGCCGGGGCAGAGCCUGCGAGCUCGGGCGUCAAUACCAUCGACAGUGUAACAGUGGUGUCACCGGACAGUCAUACUGUGAGAGCCUUCCCGGUGAGAUCAAACAUCAGCACUGAUGUUUAUCCAUCGGUUACAGUUGACGGCGGCACAAAUGCUACUACAGUGCCUCCUUAUGAAGCCAUUGGCGCUUCUGUGGUUUUGAACAGUGACGUACCAAACGUAACUCAGACAAUUUCAGAAGACGACAUCCCUGACGCAGCUUCAGCGCCUUCCGGAGAACUUGGCGCUGAUUUUGCCGCGGUUACCUUGAAUGAUAAGAGAACUGGUGCCACAUCAGCGACUUCGAGUAGCGCCAGCACUGAUUCAACUCAAGUGACUUCGAACAGCUUCAGCAUUAGUCCUGCCUUACCGAUGCGGGAUAACAUCAGCGCCGAUGGCACUCCAGAAGCCUCGAACAAAAUCACCGUUGAUAUCACUCCAGUUUCUACCGACAAAUCCAGCACAAAGUUAACGUCACUUCAUUUAGAUUUAAUUAUCCGCGUUCGUCCGAUGAGCUCCAUCAUCAAUGAAGAUGAUCUUUCUAUAAGUCAAGUCAUUAACGCUGAACCUCCUUCUUCAAAUCAAGUUUUCAACACCGAUCCUGAGAUUUCAACAAGUCCAUCCAAUGUCAGUAGUCCUAUUCAGAACCCCAAUAUCAGCACUGCCACUCCUCUGUUGAGUUCUUCCACCGCCAGCACUGAUGAGAUUGAUGACGAUGAUGGUGGACAGACUACUGCCACUCCAGGGAGCACAAAGAACCCACAGCCUGCUUCCGUCAAUGCCACUGGCUUACCCGCGAUUGUGGAGAAAAGUGCUGAUGAGGCUACUCAAGGAAGUGCACCUAUCGUCACCACCGGUGAUGUGCUUGGGUCUGAGGAUGCGGAGGAUGCUUACAGCACGUUCAGCAGCAGCAAUGUUGACGACCGCCCGCUGCUAGAUAAGCUAAACCCAGUGAGACGGUACAGCAAUCGAAAUAAGGGCGGCAACAAGGGCGGUGGCAACAAUGAAGACGAUACCGACGACAUGAAUAGCAAGGGCAACAAGCGUGGCAAGGGUAAUCGCGGUAACAAAGGCAGUAAAGGUGGCAAGGGCAAUAGAGGUGAGAAGGGUAAUAAGGGUGGCAAGGGAAAUAAAGGAAGCAAAGGCAGCAAAGGGGGUAAGGGCAGCAAAGGUGACGGCGAAAAUACAGGGGGAAAGGGACAUAAAGGAAACAAGGGCAUGAAGGGCGAUAAAGGUGAUAAGGGAGUAAAAGGCAACAAGGGAGAGAAGGGCAAUAAAGGACAGAAAGGCAGCAAAGGACAGAAAGGCAGCAAAGGACAGAAAGGCAACAAAGGCAUGAAGGGAAACAAAGGCUCCGGCGGUGGCUCCGGCACCUCCGGCGACUCUGAGGGCGGCGGAGCGCUGACCACCGGCGACAUCCUGGCCAUCAGCGGGUUCUCGCUGGCCGCGCUGCUCGGCGCGCUCUGGGCGGGCACGCUGCUCGCGCUGGCCGCCGUCAUCGCCGGCCUGGUGCCCGCCGCCGCCGUGGGAGGCGGAGGAGGAGGUGGCGGCGGCGGCAUCGUAGGACCUAUCCCUUCCGGAGGAUUCUUCGGCGGGCCAUCGGACCCCCAGCUGCCUAUUCUGUACCAGAUCCAGGCAGCUGCCAGUCAGUAUCGGUAGAAGAGCUUCUACCAGUGCCAGAAGUCAAGAGGAGCAGUUUGUUAGGCUGCCUAUUCUGUACCAGAUCCAGGCAGCUGCCAGUCAGUAUCGGUAGAAGAGCUUCUACCAGUGCUAGAAGUCAAGAGGAGCAGAUUGUUCUGCUGCCUAUUCUGUACCAGAUCCAGGCAGCUGCCAGUCAGUAUCGGUAGAAGAGCUUCUACCAGUGCUAGAAGCCAAGAGGAGCAGUUUGUUCUGCUGCAUAUUAUCCAGGCAGCUGCCAGUCAGUAUCGGUAGAAGAGCUUCUACUAGUGCCAGAAGAGAAGCGGUCUGUCUUCAGUCCAGACUACCGACCACAUUUAGUAAAGCACUGACCCGAAUGAUGGGUCACAUACCCCUAGAUGACUAGACAUACACCUGGGUUACUGGAUGUCGGAUGAUGGCUAAUGACCAUUGACCACCCAGCGUGAUUGGCUCGCGAGAGACAUUCUCGGAAGUGCACUCACGCAGCUCGCGUUAAUUCGUUCCAUGAAUGUAAAGGAGAGCAGAAUGUUAUGCAAUAUAUGGAAGACAUCGCCAUCAUAAUGCUGCGCUUCAAAUAAUCAUUGUUAUGUUGUAAUUAUGUUUUGUUGAUGCAGUUGUGUAACUUAUUCAUUGAUGAACAUUUAUGUAUCGUUCAGUUUAGGAUUUGGAAGUUGUGUGGUUAGGUACGCUUGACCAAAAUGCUCUCGUUCAAAUGUGUUUCUUGUAGAAUGUUGUAUGCUCAUGACACUGAAAACUGAAAAGCUA